UGAUUGGAGCCAAAUUCCUUCCUCGCUUUGAACAUUCAAAGUGCAUUACAUACCUAUCUAGUUAAGACGUAUCAGUUAUCGGAAACAAAACAAAUCUGUAAUAAUGUUGAGUAAAAUAAAAUUAAAAUAAAAACUAUAUUAUUUUUGCACAAUAACUAUUUACUUAGAAACUGUGCUAGUAAAUAAAAAUUAAAAUAUAAUAUCAAUUUAAAAUAAUUGCCGUUACAAAUGUUUAAAUGUUGUGUGUUGUGUAAAUUACUGUAAUUGGUGUGAUACUAAAUUAAAUAAUGUCAAAAAUUUAAGUGUAAUUUUUUUUUAUAAUUUGAAUUUAUAAGUUAACAAAAUGAGUGCUAUAAAAGCUGUUUGUGACAAAAAAGUGGAUUUGGACGAAGUUUUGGAUAAGUACGGUAUUUUCAAGCGAUACCAUGUGGAAAUAAUUAUGUUGGCGUUCUUUGCAUUCGCCACCAAUACAAUGUACUGUACUAAUUACGUAUUUGCUGCAGAAAAAGUGUCUUACAGAUGCAAAGACGACAUGAAGGAUGCGGCAUUCUGCAGCGCGUCCAACUCCACGCAUUAUUGUUCGGAAUGGGUGUAUGACGAGCCUAAUAGUUUUGUCGCCUAUUUUGAGUUGGCGUGCCAUGAAUGGAAGAGGACCUUGGUCGGAACGGUGCACAGUUUCGGCUACAUGUGCGGUUUACUGCUCGUGGGACCCAUGUCCGACCGGGUGGGAAGAAAGACAGCGAUAGUCAUAACAGGAGUGUUGGGAGCCGUGUUUGGAACAUUGAGGAGUUUCUCCACGUGGUACUGGUUCUACAUAGCGAUGGAGUUCCUGGAGGCUGCAAUAGGAGAUACUUGUUCGCCGAUGUAUGUAUUGACAUUAGAAAUAGUAUCUACAAAAAAGAAACUGGUGUACCUUAUGAUAAGCAGUUUCGGCUUUGGCUUCGGAGGCGUUGCUGGGGCGUUUGCAGCUUGGCUGACACCUGAUUGGAGAUGGUUCCUCAGAGCGAUUUACACACCGGCAUUCUUAUUCUUCUUUUACAAGUAUCUGCUAGAUGAGAGUCCAAGGUGGUUGCUAACUAAAGGAAAGAAAGAUGAAGCAGUAAAAAUACUUCAAGAUGCAGCAAAGAAGAACAAGAUUACUAUUGAGAAGAACUCUUUAGACAACUUAACAUGUGAAGUGAGAGAAAACGUGAAGUUUUCAGUAUUGUUGAAAGAUACUUUCAAGUCGAAGACGCUGAGGAAACGAUUCUUUGUGUGCCUGAUUUGGUGGACGACGUCUACGUUUGUGAACUAUGGGCUGAUGAUCAAUUCGGUAUCCUUGCAAGGGAACAAGUAUGUGAACUUUGCGUUAACGAUCCUGGUGGACCUUCCAGCUACCGUAGCUGUUACUUAUAUACUGAUUCACUUUAAAAGAAAAGUUCCUUUGAUGCUCUCGUUUUUCGCUGGUGCUGUUUUGUGCAUGUCACAACCCUUUCUACCAUCGAAUUUACCAUGGCUCUCUUUGACGGUGUAUAUGGCGGGAAAGCUGAUGUGCUCGUUCUACUUCUCCAUCACGUACCUCUACACCUUGGAGCUGUUCCCGACGUAUACCAGGAACUCGAUGCACGCGCUGUGCUCCUCACUCGGCCGCAUCGGAUCCAUCGUCGCACCACAGACACCUUUACUGACGGUAUACUACCCCGGUCUGCCGUCGUUCGUGUUCGGCGUGGCCGCGCUGGUGGCGGGGCUGUCCACGUUCCUCGUGCCCGACAUCGCCGACGACGCGCUGCCCGACACCGUGCACCAGGCCGAGGCGUUAGGGAAACCGAAGAUACCCUCCAAGGCAGUCGGGACUUAUAAUGAGGGGUUUGAUACUCAAAUGUAAAAAAAAUGCUGUCAUGGAUUUAGAAAAUAUUUUAUUUAAAUAUAUUUAGUAUGCCUACACCAGUUGUGGUAGGUAGGUAUUGAUUGUGAUAGGAUAUGCGAUAGUGUUGUUUAAUUUGAGGCUACAUUUUAAAAGAUUUUUUUUAAAAUAUAUUUAUAAUAUGUAGAUAUCUGUUACUUCCGUCCACCAAAACAAUGAUACGAUACACUAAGUUCAUACAUUAAUCUCAUUUUUCUUACAAUUUGUAUGAAAUGUACCUAUUUACCAACCAAGUAGUAGGAACAACUUAUCGAGAGAGCCUAUUUUUCGAACCAGAGGUAUCUACAUUAUAUUAUUUCAUAGACGAUUU